CCCCUUUCCCAUACGGACUGCAGAGUUAAACUCGCGCUGGAGCUCUGAAACUAAGAUCUUUAUUCUCUCUGCGCGGCGACCGGACACCUGAUCGCGCUCGGAUGGAGGGGUGAAACCCGAUCUUCCGAAUGUACUUCUGCCCACGAAACCCGGAGGAGUGACUCACCACCAAGGACACGUGAAAAAAAAAACAUGUCUUCUUCUGCGAGUGAGGUGAUUGGCGCCGAUGAGAUCAAGAGGGAGAGCUCGAGGGCACUGGAGAAUCGGGGGAGUGUCAAGCUGGCCACGCUCGAUCCGGCCGGGUUGCCCAUGGAGAACUCUGGCUCGGCGGCGGUGACUGUUGAAUGCGCACCGGCCUCUCUAGCGUUCUCACCGGAACAAGUGGCAUGUGUCUGCGAGGCACUGCUGCAGGGUGGCAAUGUGGAGCGCCUUGCUCGCUUCUUAUGGUCGCUACCGCAGAGUGAGCUUUUACGCGGCAACGAGAGCAUCCUUAAGGCGCAGGCCAUAGUAGCGUUCCAUCAGGCGCGCUACCAGGAGCUCUAUUGCAUCUUAGAGAACCACAACUUCAGCCCGUGCAACCAUUCGUCCCUGCAAGACAUGUGGUACAAGGCGCGCUACACCGAGGCGGAGAAGGCACGCGGGAGGCCGCUGGGCGCCGUGGACAAAUACCGACUGCGCAGGAAGUAUCCGCUGCCGCGCACCAUCUGGGACGGCGAAGAGACCGUGUACUGCUUCAAGGAGAGGUCGAGGAACGCGCUCAAGGACAUGUACAAGCGCAACCGCUACCCGUCGCCGGCAGAGAAGCGGAACCUCGCCAAAAUCACUGGACUUUCUUUGACGCAGGUCAGCAACUGGUUCAAAAACAGAAGGCAGCGGGACCGAAAUCCAUCAGAAGCGCAAUCUAAAAGUGAAUCAGAUGGCAAUCAUAGCACAGAGGAUGAGUCCAGUAAAGGACAGGAUGAGCUUUCUCCUCGUCCUCUCUCUAGUGGCUCUGCUGGUUCAGUUGCCCUUGGUACUAGUCCUGCUCUUGCAUACUCCGAUGGUGCCACCACUGUCAUCCAGCAGAUUGGAGAUGCCAAAAUGUCUCCACUUGCUCCAGGAAUGGGUUUCAAUGGUGACCUGUCAAACACCAACUCACACUAUCUUAAUGGUGGAGCAUAUGUUCAAUCACAUGGCAGCAACAGUCUCCUGAAUGGACUUGGAGCCACAAGUGGUCACUUCUUGACCUUUGAUCCACAGAGGGUCUCCCAUGCCCAAGAGAGGCUACUGGGUGGCUCGUCUGUGUCUUAUGCAUCUUAUUCAAUGGGGGCUCCAGAAACUGCAGUUGGAAAACUAGAUGGUAUGCAGCCUCUGAGUUCUCAUACAGAACAUGGAGCAGUGCCUUCAGUCGUCACCUUUGCCACCACCACAUCAUCUUCCUCCUCUUCCCCUGGAGCUCCUCACCUCAGCAACUACAGCAUGGUCAAUCUUUCAGGGGUGGAGAGCAACCUGGGCCUUCCUCCUUUAUUGCUACCCUCAUCUUCUACAGCACCCUCUCACGCAGGCUCGACUCCACUGGAAGGGGUGGUCAGUGACUCGUCUCAGCACUCAGGUCAACCCCUGCUCUACACGCUCAACCAGGCUGUCAAACAGGAGCCUUUGGACAUUGGGGUGGCUUACUCAUAUCCCUCCAGUAUGCCCUUAGACCAAAGUAGCAACUUGGGUUACACAGCAUCCCUCUUUCUCUCCACAAACCUAAACCACUCACCCAACAACGGUGGACCCCUGGCCCCUGCAGCCACAGCUGCUAUCACCUCUGUGCUCUCCAGCACAGAAGGUCACCCUGGUCUGACUCACACUGCCCGCGGCCUCCAGGAAACUGGGGGAGCUCUGCCCUCAGACUACAGGGCACAGGAAGCACAGCUGCCCCUGUCCGACAAUCUUGAGUCCCCUGCUGGUACUGGUGAGGGCCCUCCUGGAGUGUGUGGUGAUCUGGACAUGGAGGGAAAAGAGCUGGCCAAGCUGCAGACUGUUCAGAUGGACGAGGACAGCAACGACCUCUGACCCUUUAAUCACAACAUCUGAAGAGCUGUAUUUCAUUAGUGGUUGAUUUUCUUGCACUGCAGCAUAACUAUAAACAUCUCCUAAGCACACACCAAUCUUUAUAUACUUUGUCACUUUUAUGAUAAUGUAUGCAAGAUGUGUGCAAAUAGGUGGAACACAUGAACAGUGCCUUUGUAUACAUAAAUAAAAGUAGACUCACAUGUCCUGACUUGCACUCGAAUAGCUGCAGAAUGUACUUGUUGAUGCACUGACCCUGAACAAAAUAUCUCAGCACUGUCUUUUCUCUCCUAUUUGCAGUAAUAGAGAUUUUCAUUUUGAAAGACAUUGAGAGUGAUAGAGCAUGGUUGACUGAGAGAGCGGGAGAGAGAGAAAGAAAGAGAGAGAGCGGGGGAGAGAGAGAGAGCGAGAGAGAGAGAGAGAGAGAGAGAGAGAGAGAGAGAGAGAGAGAGAGAGAGAGAGAGAGAGAGUA